AUGUCAUCAAUUCCAAGUCAACCUUAUGGGCUGAAGCAACAGCAACAGCAACAGCAACAUUCUUCUACAAUUCCAACUGGUUCGGAUAUACCUCCUCCAAUUAUUGAAUCAAAACCAACUAGUAAUUUCGAAUUGUCUCAAUCCAAUUCCAUCAAGCCCUAUCCAUCUGUUUCAGACGCCACUACUACUACUACUACGACCCCCACUGUCCAAGGACAAGGUCCACUCUGUUACUUGUUAACCUGGAAAGAUCCAAUCUACACUGGUAAAGUAUUUGGCUCUCUCAUUCUCGGUUUAGUUAUCUUCAAAACCGUCAAUUUGGUCAAUAUCUUUUUCCAUGUUGCUUACAUUGGUUUAUUGUUUUCUGCUGUAGCCGAGUACUCGGGUAAAUUGAUUACGGGAAGAGGUUUUGUUACCAACUACUCCAAACGGUUUGCAAAUUCUUCUUGUGCGGAAAAAUUCAAUAAAGAAGUCUUACCAUCAAUUGCUGGUUUUACUGUUUGUUUUGAAAAAACUAUCAAGAAAAUCGUUUACGCUCAAGAUAUCGAGUCUACUUUGAAAGCUGCUGCUGUUUCUUACAUCUUGUACAAAGUAACCUCAUAUGUCACAUUGUUCAAAUUGUUGAUUACUGUGAUCUUCUCGGCAUUUACAAUCCCAUUUGCUUAUAAUAAUAAGCAAAAGGAAAUUGAUGCAUUUGUUAGUGCAAGGACUCAAUGUGCAAAGUCCCAAUUUCAAAAAUUACUCGCAAAGAUUAAAAAGGAAGCUGGUCCUCAUAUUGAUAACUUGAUCAAGAAGUCGGGUCCAGUUGGUGCAUUUGUUCAAUCCAAGAUCCCCGUUAGAACUGCUGGAUCAACUGUUGGUGACUCAAAAGCUACCAGUUAUGGUACUGCUGCUGAUUCUCACAGCACAUCAUCACCAUCACCAUCAAAACCAGUAGUUGGUGCACAUUCAUCUGGUGUUUCUUCAGGAGUAACUUCAUCAACUACAGUCCCAGUGAAUGCAACCAAACCUUUCCCAACUGUUCCUAAUACUACAGUUGGUGGAGAGUUUGACGAUACCGAUGAUUUUGCUGACACUACUCAAGAACAUAAACCAAUCUACUAG